AUGAAACGUCUGACCUAUUCUGCGCGUUUUUUGCGGCCUCCUGGAUUCUUCAAACGCGCCGAAAUGCGCGAGAAGCCCAGACGGAAAACAGGUCCUUUUGAGAACCCAGUGAAACGUUUGGUCCGCCUAAAGGAGCAGGAGCGCGUGUUCUCACAGGUUCCGCUGGAGAGGAAGGUCCCAGUUGCCAAAUCGGUGACUACUCAGCUUUUGAAAGGGGUUGAAGGGGUGCCGCAAGUGUCUGCAGAGGUGUUAGAACGGCGUCUGGAAUUUUUGCUGUCGCCUAAGGCAGUUGAUCAGCAGCUGAGCGCGAAGCUGCGGCCCGGUUUGACCCCAUACUUGGCUGAGCUUUACAUGUGGGAGCGACAGAUGCGUGAUCUUCGUCGGAUUUAUCGCGCUCAAUACCUUAAGACUCUGGCGUCGGUCACCGAUUCCGAGCGCUACCGACAGUAUCAGCAAUAUUUAUGCACAUCGCAAGAAAAUCGCAACAAAGCCGAAAUGAAACGGAGAGCCAUAUAUGCACGCGUCAAGGAGCGAGCAGUUUUGAAAGAUACCAUGCGCAUUGAGAAGCGCGUAUCGCAGGCCAUUCAGCUGGAACGCCUGUCUAAAAGAAAGAUAGGGAACGUUUACUUCCUGCACAAACUGCAAAAGGGAUUCGACCGAGCUGACACUCCAGAACUAUCAACUGCGCCUCAUGAGCGGGAGAUUCUCAAGGAAUCUUUUGAGCUGAUGCCUGAGGAUUCCGACAGAUACGAGGUUCAUGUGGAGCCGUCGAAGAGUCCUUCGGAGCGCGCUGCUGUCGCGUACAAGUUCUUUACAGAUACGGGACCAUCUGGACGCUGCUCGGGUAGCGCACAUGGUACGUUGCCUUUUCCCGUUUACCAUCUUCGUCAGGAAUCAAAGCAAUUGCCACAAAUAAAGUCUACUUAA